AUGGUUAGGUUAAAAUCCAACAGCCCAAAAGUGGACACGUGGCCCACGCUCUCGAACACUUUGGAUAAUGCUCUUCAGGGAGCCAACGGUCUAGCUAAGCAACCCACAUUGACGGAGAUAUUCCAUAACCACCUGAGCAACUCGGAGAAGAAGAGUAGAGAGAAGGAUUCGGAAGAACAGCAGAAUGCAGAAGAUUCCAAUGUUGGAUUGAAGAGGAAAUUCGACGACAGCCAUUGCUCAGAGGAACAAGGUGAUGAAUCCCAGAAAGAACAUGAGCAAGAAGUCCCGAGAGACAGGAAGCUGAAGAAAGCGAAAAAUCUUGCGAUUUCUAUGGCAACAAAAGCAGCUUCGUUUGCCCGGGAACUCAAGUCGAUAAGAUUGGACUUAUCCUUUAUGCAAGAGCGCUGUGUUUUGCUGGAGGAGGAGAAUCGGAGGCUCCGAGACGGGCGGGAUAAAGGGUUGAGGCUUGAGGAAGAUGAUCUGGUGAGGCUUCAGUUAGAGGCACUGCUAGCCGAGAAAUCAAGACUAGCAAAUGAAAAUUCAAACCUAGUUAGGGAAAAUCAAUGCCUCCACCAGCUUGUGGAGUACCACCAGCUCACCUCCCAAGACCUCUCUGAUUCAUAUGAACAAGUUGUACAAGGGUUGUGCCUAGACUUCUCGUCUCCUCCACGACCGACAGCAGACGAGGCAAAUGGUGGAGAUGGUGAUGCUACUGCUGAUAAUGAAGUUUCUCAGACACCAAGAAGUAAUCUUUUAGGGUUCUCUGCUUCGCUUGAUGAUGAGUUUUCUCAUGGAGAUCAGUAGCAGAAUGGUUUUGCAGAUUGUUUCUUCGGGUUCGAAAUAAACUGUUGCAGAUGUAAAUUUUGAUGCCAUGGACUUCUAUUCUGUGAUUUCACUGAUUUACCAGAAACAUAAGUACAUGAUCUCAAUGGAAAUUAUAUUAUCGCUUUA